AUGGGGCCGCCACCCGUCCAGUCUGCUCACGAGGCAUCUGCAAAAGCUGAGGGCGCCAUGCUGCUUUCCUCCCCCAACUUCCUCCGGCAGGUGAGCCCGUCCAGUCUGCUCGCUGCGUUCCCGACGAGGCCGGCUUCAUCAGGCGCUCGUCCUCCCGAGUCCCGCCUCCCCGUGUGGCCGUGUGCUCUUCCUCCACUGUUAUUUCGUGCAGCUGAAUUGUCCCAUGUCAGCAGUCAUGUGCAGGAGAACAGUCAUGAGCGCGCACGCAAGGUGCUUGGCGAAAUGCCAGCAAGGUGA